UCCACGGAAUGGCUGACAGUAUAAAUUUGGCUUUCGGACGAUGUCUGCUUUCCCUGAAAAGAUUCGGAGUUCCCUUCAAGUGUGCGAUAAUCACGGCCGGGUUAAGCCAAGUGUCAAAUUGAAAACAAGGAGGAAAGUGUGAGUGCGUGGAAAAGUGCCCAAGUGUGAAAUUCGCCCGACUGGCUGGAGGUUCCUAUUGGAAUUGACCGCUUCUGGACGCGAGCAGGUUACUCGUGACAUCUACGCGGACGACGAAAGCGAAAGGACCAUCCCGGGAUGAUGGCAUGAAUCUCAAUGCCCAGGAAGUAGUUUCAGCAAAGACCUCAUCAUACAAGAACUAUGACUUCGCGAUUGGAUCGUUUGUUUAUAUUAUUGGAAUCGGGGUCGUCAGCGGUUACGCGACGCGCUGCCGCUAAACAGAUCGGCGAAGUUCAAAAACUCUAUCCGCAUGAACUACACAAUCUGCUUAAUCGCCUCGUAGGCUAUUUGCAUCAUUCAUCAUGGGAAACUCGAAUUGCAGCCGCCCAAGCCAUCGAAGCUGUUCUCAGUAAUGUUCCUCAAUGGCAGCCAAAAUCUAGUCCAAUUAAAAAAGAGAACGAAAAUACUUGCGAUAGCAAAACUUGCAAUGAUCCUCAACUGUCGUUUGAAACAUUUGAUUUGUGUCAGGUACUCCAGCGAGGAGCACGUCUUAUGGGUUCAGAAGGAACUGAAUUUGAUUUUGCAGAAGACAAUGACAACAACAGCAGUGAUAGGCUUGUGAAGCAAAGGGAACUAUUGAAUGAAAAAUUGGGUUUUAGUCAAGCUAAUAAAUUGGGAAUCAAUAUCAACAUCAAUGAUUUAAUUGCGCUCGAAGAUAUGAAAUCUGAAAAUAAAAAUUGCGGCGGCAGCAGCCAAAUGGUCCCGGUUCAAGAUAUUCUACGGCUGCAACCAAAAACAUCUGAGUCGCAAAACUUGAGCUGCCGUGAAAUGAAUAGAGCUCGUCGAAAAGCUAGACAGAACAACGCGACUGGUUCGCUUUCGCAUUCAUCCAGCCUAAAUAGGAGCAAUUCAACCAACGGUUCAAUUGACGAACCAGAAAGAAAGAAGAUCAAGCUGGACAACAUGAAUAAAGUUGAAAUGUUUUAUAAUAUUAAUCAACCAGUUCCUGACGCAACCGGCUCGUGGGGUGACGCAAUAAGUUGGCCAUUGGAGCAAUUUUCUUCGAGAUUAUUUUUGGAUUUAUUCAAUCCUAAAUGGGAGGUGCGCCACGGAGCAGCGACUGCAUUGCGAGAAUUGAUUAAUUCUCAUUCCUCUGGUGCUGGAAAGUGUGUUUAUAUGACUGAAACCGAGAUGAUAGAAAGUCAUCACCGUUGGAUUGAAGACGCAACACUUCGACUUCUUUGUGUUCUAUCUUUAGACAGGUUUGGCGAUUUCGUAUCAGAUCAGGUAGUCGCUCCUGUACGAGAAACCUGCGCACAAGUUCUUGGCACCCUCUUGAAGCAGAUGCCAACUGAUAAAGUUAGUCAAACAGUCACUAUUUUGCUGAAAUUAAUAAAGCAAACUGAAUGGGAAGUUCGACAUGGAGGUCUGUUAGGAUUGAAAUACAUGUUUGUGGUACGAGAGGACUUGCUACAAACGUUCUUGCCAAUGACAAUAAAUGACAUCUUAAUGGGACUGUUCGACAAUGUUGACGAUGUCGGUGCUGUAGCAGCAUCAACUCUUAUACCAGUAGCAACUUGGCUGCCAAAACUAUUAAACGAAAUGCAAGUGUCGAAAAUUGUGAAAAUGCUGUGGGAUUUGCUGCUGGAUCAAGACGAAUUGACUUCAGCUUGUAAUAGCUUUAUGGGUUUACUUGCUGCGAUAUUAUGCCUACCAAAUGCUUCACAAUGGAUUCAAAUGGAGUCAAUGGCUAUUUUGGUGCCUCGUCUCUGGCCGUUUCUAAGUCACAGCACUAGUUCUGUAAGGCGAUCAACUCUGCGCACACUGAAAACAUUAACAACUAACAAAUCUUCAAACGAUGGUGCGUCAACAUCUCACAAAUCCGAAGACAAACACAAUGGAAACUCAUCUCUUCCAUCAUCAAUGGUAGCUGAUAUGGAUUUCGACUCGAAAACAUUAGCGCUGAAUUUUGGUGUGCAAGACUGGAAUGCACCACUUUUGCAAGAAGCACUUCGUCAUGUGUAUCAGAGAAUCCUAAUUGAACCGGUAGAGGAUAUUCAGGAGCUAUGCAAGGAAGUGUGGACAAAUUUAAUUAGAAAUGCUGAGCUUUCAGCUUUGCUACAUGCUGCAUGUCCUUUUGUAGCUGCGUGGAUUUGCCUUGCCAUGCAACCGGCAAGACUCGCAUUCGAUCCAUCGACUUUGAUUUUCGCCAAACAAAACCAAAGCAAGGAAAGACGAUCACGUCCAUCCGACGAUUUGGGUGGAAGUUCAAAUUUACAGCAAAAAUUAUACUUAGGAGGAAACGAAGCAACCCCCAUAGAAGUCCGAGAAAAGAAUGUUAUAAAAGCUAGAGUGAAUGCAGCAAAGAUGUUGGGAUUAUUGUCCCAUUAUCUAGUGCAACCCGCACCAGGUGUUGUAUAUACACCGGAUGUCGAGAGCCCCGUUGAUUGUUACACGAAAGUCCUGUUAGGAUAUCUUAAUUCGCGUUCAUCAUUACAACGUUUAGUCUGCGGAACGCUGAUUUCAUUUUGGGCGUUAUCUGAUAAUUCUGUUCGCCCGGGCCCCCCGCUUUUGCAGGAAAAACUUAAGAUUUGUGUAAUGGAGUAUGUGUACUAUGACGAAGUAGCAAUAUCUUUUACAAGAUUGUUACAAGAAGCGCAUGAUUUUAUUGCUACCUUAAAGCAAUACAAGAUUCCUAUUACUGAAUUUGAUAAUUGUAAAGUUCUAACACUAGACCAAAUACAAAUGCUGUGCACUACCAUGACUGAAAAUUUAAGACGUAACAGCGUAUUAAAACCGAAAAUUUUAGAUUUAUUAGAAGAACGUCGACGUGGUUUGCAAAAUUCUUUUCUGCAAACCAGUGCUGAACAGAAUAGCUAUAAUGUGAGUACUCAAGCAGCUUUAGCUGGAGCAAUCGUCUGCCUUCAAUGCCUUCCCGAAAAACUCAAUCCUGUGAUAAAACCUUUGAUGGAGUCAAUUAAGCGUGAAGAAUGUGAACUUAAGCAACAGCUUUCUGCCGAAUAUUUAGUACACCUUUUAGAUCAAGUGGCUACUCGAAAUCCCAGCCCAAAUAAUAAAAUUGUAACAAAUUUAUGCACAUUAUUGAAAAGCGAUUCGGAUUUUACACCAAGUGUUAUACAUCCGGACAAGACUUUGAAUGAAGUCGAUCCUGACGAUUCUAGUCCAAAUCCAUAUUAUGGUAUAGUCACGCUAUCUAAUCAACAGAAAUCGAAUGAACAACAAAAUGGAUCGUCGCCGCGUGGACCAGGGCGGCCACCAGUUUCGGAGGUUUCCAUUGAUGAAUCUACUGAUUCAGAAGAUCCCUUCCGAAAGCAAACCCGUACCCAACGUGUAGGGGCAAAUUAUGCCAUAGUUGCAAUCUGCAAACAUUUUGGAGCGCAGUUGAAAGACCGUAUUCCAAUUUUAUGGAAUAUUAUGUUCAACAACAUCGACAAGCUUCUACAAGCCGCUCCGUCGCCUGAUAUUUUAACUGAUGCUGCCAUAGAUCAGGAACUUAUAAAUGACUUGAUGACGUCUUUGCAACUAAUCGAAGUUGCUGCUCCACACAUUCAUAAAGAUCUUCACAAUGCUUUAUUUGAGCUAUUGCCAAAGUUAGGUAUUUUAUUAACACAUCCAUUGAAAGCGGUUCGCCAUAUGGCAUCAAGAUGCCUGGCUGCGUUGACUGUCCUGGAUGAUUGUAGAGUUAUGAAGUUUGUCGUAGAGAAUAUUAUACCAUUGCUACAAACAAUAGAAUGUGUUAUAAAACGUCAGGGCGCUGCAGAAGCGAUUGAACGCAUAGUUGACAAAAUGCAACUGAAAAUGAUUCCAUAUGUAGUUCUACUAGUUGUUCCAUUACUAGGUCGUAUGAGUGAUCCAGAUGAGGCGAUUCGAUUGAUCUCAACACAUUGUUUUGCAACACUGAUACAACUGAUGCCACUGGAUGGAGCUCAUCAUGCAAACGCAAUAGCCUCAAAGGAGUUACAAGAGCGUCGCACAAAAGAUCGGCAAUUCCUGGAGUAUUUAUUCGCACCAAAAACAAUUCCAGACUUCAAAAUACCCAUUGAAGUUGUAGCUGAGCUACGAAGCUACCAGCAGGCUGGCAUAAAUUGGCUGUGGUUCUUAAACAAAUAUAAUCUUCAUGGAAUUCUUUGCGACGACAUGGGUCUCGGUAAAACAUUACAAACAAUUUGUAUCCUAGCAGGUGAUCAUUACCAGCGGCAAAUUGAAAAGUUGACUCCUUUGCCAAGCAUCGUUAUUUGUCCGCCGACGCUUACUGGUCACUGGGUUUACGAAGUUACCAAGUUUCUUCCAUCGAAAUUCCUAAAACCGUUGCAUUAUGUUGGUUUGCCGAUUGGUCGCGAAAAAUUACGAUCAAAGGUCGGAGCGUAUAAUCUGGUAGUAGCAUCAUAUGAUACAGUACGCAAGGAUAUUGAUUUCUUCAGUUCCAUAAACUGGAAUUAUUGUGUUUUAGAUGAAGGUCAUAUAAUCAAAAACGGUAAAACCAAAAGUUCGAAAGCUAUUAAGAUGCUGAAAGCCAAUCAUCGCCUAAUUCUUUCGGGUACACCAAUUCAAAAUAAUGUACUAGAGCUGUGGUCUUUAUUCGAUUUCUUGAUGCCUGGCUUCCUGGGCACCGAAAAACAGUUUAUCAACCGUUACAGUCGCCCAAUUUUGGCCAGCCGCGAUCCAAAAAGUUCACCAAAGGAGCAAGAGAACGGUGUCCUCGCAAUGGAGUCGUUACAUAGACAGAUUUUACCGUUUUUAUUGCGACGUGUCAAAGAAGAUGUCCUAACUGAUCUGCCACCAAAGAUUACCCAAGAUCUUCUCUGUGAAUUGUCUCCGCUACAAGAGCGCUUGUAUGAAGACUUUAGUAAGACACAUUUGAAUUCCGAAUUGAAGGACUGUUUGGAACACAUAGACGAAACUCCGAUCAAUAAAAAGACACACAUCUUCCAAGCGCUGCGCUAUCUUCAGAAUGUUUGUAAUCACCCGAAACUGGUAUUGAGCCAGAACCAUCCGGAAUUUGCGAAAAUCCAAAACGACCUGGCGUGCUGCAACAAAUCUUUGGAUGAUAUUGAACAUUCGGCUAAAUUGCCUGCAUUGAAACAACUAUUGUUGGAUUGUGGAAUUGGUGUUGAGAACGUCUCAGUCAAUCAACAUCGUGCCUUAAUUUUCUGUCAAUUGAAAGCUAUGUUAGAUAUUGUAGAAAAUGAUUUACUGAAAAAGCAUCUUCCUGCUGUUUCAUAUUUACGCCUAGAUGGAGGAGUCCCCGCUUCAGACCGCCAUGAAAUAGUCACUAAAUUUAAUGGAGACCCAAGUAUCGAUGUACUGCUAUUGACAACGCAGGUUGGUGGUCUUGGCUUGAAUUUAACCGGUGCCGAUACCGUCAUUUUCGUCGAACACGACUGGAAUCCGAUGAAAGAUCUUCAAGCCAUGGAUCGGGCCCAUCGAAUCGGCCAGAAAAAAGUUGUCAAUGUGUAUCGUCUAAUAACUCGCAAGUCGCUAGAAGAGAAAAUCAUGGGACUGCAAAAAUUCAAAAUACUCACCGCCAAUACGAUUGUAAGCGCCGAAAAUGCAUCCAUGGAAACAAUGGGAACAGAUCAAUUGUUGGAUUUGUUCAAUUUGUCAGACGAAUCACAAAGUAAUGGAAAAAGAUCUAGUGGAGCUACUGGUAUGGGUCAUUCAUCAAUUAGUGGGGUUCCUUCGUCGAGUAGUGGCAAUAAUAGUAAUGUUUCUAUGAAACAAAUUAUUGAAAGUUUACCAGAUUUGUGGGAUCAGAAGCAAUACGAGGAGGAAUACGAUUUAACGCAAUUCGUUCAGGGUUUAAAGAAAUAAGUAGUUUUUAGCAAUUUUCAUAGAACGUUUGUCUGCGUUUUUUAUUUGCAUUGUCGAUUUGCUUUUUUACAGUUUUAUUAUUAGUAUUUAUUGAUAACUGUAAUUAUAAACAUGUUUAAAUAAAAAAGAAAUGAAUUAGUCUUAAAAACUACCAAAAUUAUUAUA